UUUCAGAGGCGCCUCUCUCUCUCUCUCUCUCUCUCUCUCUCUCUCUCACUUCAAUGGCGGCUUCAUUCAGAUGGAUUCUUCAACUUCACAAAGACGUGCCCAGAGCGGCUCGGUUCUACUCAGAAGGCCUGGACUUCACCAUCAACGUCUGCACUCUUCGUUGGGCCGAGCUCCAAUCUGGCCCUCUCAAACUCGCUCUCAUGCAAAACCAGAGUGACCAUGACAUGCAGAAGGGAUACUCGUCACUCCUAUCAUUCACAGUGACUGACAUUAACAGUACAGUUACAAAAUUAAUGGCAUUAGGAGCUGAACUGGAUGGUCCCAUCAAAUAUGAGAUCCAUGGAAAGGUUGCAGCCAUGCGAUGUAUUGAUGGUCACAUGUUAGGCCUCUAUGAAGCUGCAUAAGAGCUUUAAAAAAUGAGUCCCUUCUAUAUGCACAACUGAAGUAGGCGGCCACGGGCUUUCACUGCAACAUCUUGGACUCUUUUAUAGAUAUGGAGAAUACAUGAGAAAUUUCUCCUUUCUUCAGAUUCCCUUCAAUAACUGACAGUGCUUGUUUGUCCAGAGCAAGUACUUCUGUACAUAGAGUGUAUAGUGUUGAACCUGAAAAAUAAGGCAAAAUGGUAAAGAAGAGUGAUGACAAAGAGGAAGUAUUCGUAUUGUCCUCCAAAGUACCGGUUGCAUCUUCACUAUCUCCAAGAAGCAAGAGGAAAUCAUCUUUUGAUUGUUUUGGUAGCUGAGCUGCUCUUUUUUGCCUGCUUAUUGAGUUCUCAUCUUGUACCUUCAUUGCAACAAACCCAUGAUUAUUAUUAUUAUUAUUUUUUAAAUGAAAUCGACUUGUUAACUCCA